AUGGGAAAAAAAGAUGGAAUGACAUAUGCUAAUGAAAUGUUUGAUGAAAUAUCAAGGGCACUUGCGAUUGAAAAAGGACGUAUUUUUAUACCAUAUGAGAGAUAUCAAUUUAAAAGAAAUACACGUGAAAUUUUGUUACGUGUAGACAUUAAAGAUACCAAGAUGCCAGAUCAACCAAGUUUAUCUGCAUUAAGAAAAAGUUUAGAUAAAGCUGUUGCCGCCUCAUUUAUGGCAUAG